UUUACUUUACCUAGAAGGGGAUGGCUCCUCUUUUUACCAUCGCCCCGCGUCUUUUAUUUCGUUUGUUUAGUAACAAGGGACGAAUAAGGAAAGGAGUAUUCUUCUUUGUGGUUCCCAGUCGCAUUCCAAAUAAGGGUUUCCCUUCUUUGGACCAAAAAAAUUCCCCAUUCUGCACUCCACCCCUCUUCUCUCCCCGUCUUUUGCCAUUUUUGGGAUUGCUGGAGGUUCGAUUGUUGGGUUGGGGGGAGGAGGAGGGAGCUGAGAGGAUGGUGAGGGGGAAGACGGAGAUAAAGCGGAUAGAGAACGCGACCAGCCGGCAGGUGACCUUCUCGAAGCGGCGCAACGGCCUGCUCAAGAAGGCCUUCGAGCUUUCCGUGCUGUGCGAUGCCGAGGUCGCCCUCAUCGUCUUCUCCCCUCGCGGAAAGCUCUACGAAUUCUCCAGCUCCAGAUUUCGUGACGGUUUUGCUGGGCGGGAGCAGGAUCGAGUGAAUGCUAGUUAUAGUUUGUCAUCGAGAUUUAUUUAUUCCCAUUAUGUUCUCUUCUCUGUUCCGUGUUAUUUAGCGAAUUUUUGUGACUAUCUUCAUGUCUAUUUCUUUGUCGGGUUUUGUAGCCUUAUAUAUUUGCUAUUUUAGCAGGUAUGCGGUAUUUGUUAUGCCUUACGGAUUCUGGGUGUAUUAUGACGACCCGUCCUGCUAGUAAUAAUAACUUGUUAGACUCAAACAAUCGGCCCAAAAUGCUUAAAAGCUCAGUUUUUAUCACUAGCGUGCAAGGCCUCUUAGGAUUCGAUCAGAAUUAUUUUUCCAUCCAAUAUAGGACUAUUGGGGUGGUACAGACUCCCUCUGUUUAGAUUCUGACGUUCUCAUCGGGUCCAAACUCAGAUUAGAGACAUUUAGACUAGAAUUAUCAGGCGAUAUGAUAUUCUAGAGGUGGCUUCUACGAGUUCAAGAGGUGGCUCCCACCUAACCUGUUGGUGUAGCAUUUUGCCCCACAUAGCACUUAGCUCUCACGCUUUCGGCCAAUAUUCGACUCUGAUACUAAUUAUAACGAUCCGAUCUGCUAGCAAUAAUAAUUCGUUGGGCCUAAACCAUCGGCUCAAAAUGCUUAAGCCCAGUUAUUAUACAGACUGUCCAAAUCCAGAUCACAGACAUAUUGAUUAGAAUUACAAGUGAUGUGAGAUUCUAGAGAUUGCUCCUACCAAACUCGUGGUCUAGCACUUUGCCCCGCAUAGUACUUAGCUCUCACAUUUUCGGCUAGUAUUCGACUCGGAUACCAAUUGUAACGACCCGACUCGCUAGCAAUAAUAGCUCGUUGGACCUAAACAACCGGUCCAAAAUGCUUAAUCCCAAUUUUUUAUUACUAGCGUGCAAGGCCUUUUAUAAUCCAAUCAAAAUUAUUUUUUCAUCCGAUAUGGAACUAUUAGGGUGUUACAUAGUAAUUGCAUUUGGGCGGUUACUAGACCCAAAAGGUUAAAAGGUUUAAGCGUGAUACGGAUAUAGUAAUUUUAGGAUGGGCGAUCCCGCUGGAAAGUGAGGUGUCACAGUCAGUAUGAGAGGAGUCUCGAGCCAAAGUCUGAAUAAUAGACUAAGUCAGGAUUGUGAAUGACAAGCUAAACUAAGGUUUAGAUGACAAGACUAACAAGACGAGUUUCAAAUCACCUGGUGCUUGUAAGCGUGUUGGAGUUUGACGAGGACGUCAAGGCUUAAAGGAGGGAGAAAUGUGAUACUUUCAGGAUUUGGAAUAGUCUUAUAUAUAAGAUAUAAUAAGGCUAAACCUCUUAACCCAGUCACAAUAUUUUGGGUGGUGGUUAGGCCCAGAAGGUUAGAAGAAUUAAGUGUGUUAGAGAUAGAGUAGUUCCAAAAUAGAUGUCUCUCUUGAAAAGUGGGGUGUCUUUAGCACGCAUAGCUAUCACUCAAGAGCUUCAAUACAUUUUAAGUGCAUGCUCAUCUUUAUUUUCAUUCUCGUUGAUGCUCUGGUUAACAGAUAGAAGUUAGAUUCACUUAGAUGGACAUUUAAUAUUGAUUUGAUGCUUUUUAUAAAAGUUUUUUUAGUGGUGGCAAUGUAAAUUACAUAACUAAUCAAGGAUUCAAGUGCCGUUGCACGGAAUUGUGCCAGAAACUCGCCGGCAGCACGGUGCGUGCCGGGAGGUGCGGUGCCGAUGCAUGCUGAUCGCAAAAAAUACAUGUGUGCCGAUAUAUAAUGAUAUGAAAUAUUUAUUUUCUUCAACAACAAAAUAUCCUAACUGUUUAUUCUGUAUCUUUAUCAAUUUUUUUGAAUUUUAUUAAGAAAAUUACUUACUAAUUCAAAGAUAUCGUAUCGAUAUCUUGUUGGCAUGAUGGGGCACCGUAAAUAUGACCCGUGUCGAUGGGCACUUAAAUCCUUGCAAUUGAUCUUUUUAGAUUUGAAGAUAAUAAAGUAAGGACAAUAUAGUUGAGAGCUGAAUUUUCGUUGGAUUUCAAUUUUUGGCGGAAGUCAACUUUCUGGUAACUAGAUAUGCCUUAGUGGUAUAGAUUGUGCUAUGUUUAGUGGCAAACCAUCAAGGGAUAAAAGUAGAAAAACUUGAAACAUAAUUUUUGCUUUUUUAAUUUUACUGUGUUCUUUGUGAAGUGCAAUUACAUAUUUUGUCAUGUGAAAUUAUAUUGCAUAAUUAGGAGUUUUAAUUCUACACCCGCAUGUUUGUAGCAAUAAUCAUAUUCUCCUCUUAAAAAUCUUAAAGUAUUAGUGAAUGAAAGUGAUGCCACUGCUGGUGAAAAUUUUAGAGCUCAAGUAUUUUUUUUGGGGAUGCUUUUGAGCUAGUUUUCUCAUUGGCACCCAAAAAAGUACUCUCAAAAUAUUCAGCUGGAUCUUAGACCUUAAAAUGCAUGGCACAAACGUGGCAAAUAUGUGUUAGUACUGCUAGGUCAAUGCAAGAUGAUUUCUCCGAGUUAAUUUGCCUCCACUGAGGCACACAAGAGAUAGGUGAUUGUGAAGUGUAACGAGAGAAAGGAGAUAUAAUUGAAGAGAUCUUGACUUGACUGGUAGGUCAAGAAGUAUAAGUCAGUAAAUUUGAAGGGAAAAAAACUUGAUAGGGUCUCUCUUUGACAAAAUGAAAGAAAUCCAUGUUGUUUUCUUGUUUUGAUAAAUGAAAGCCAUUUUGUCAAGUUCGGAAAGAGAGUUCGGAUUUUUUUUUUUGAGUUAGUCAUAGAUGAUCGGAUAUUCAAGUAGAAUUGUCUAUCGAACUGUGAGCGUUAAAGCACCAUUAUACAAUAUUCUUUAUAAUCAACUUUUUUGUGAAAGUGGUGACAAUCUAGUUUGAGCGUGCAUCAGAUCAUGGAGGAAGUUGAUUAUGUAAUUAAAGUAAAUCAUACAGAUAAAAAUAUGUUUAAAGAAAUGGCUAAAAAUGUGAAACCUUAGUCUCGGAGGUAGAGGUUCAUGGAGUUUGUAUGCUUGUGAAUGUUACUUAUAUGUUCAUUCGAGAUUAUCUAAAAAUGUGGAGAACAUUCAAUGCACUUUAUAUGAAUUUUUUAGCUUCUAUCUUUGUUAAUCGACAAA